CCAUCAUAUACGCUACCGGCAUCUCAAGAGUAUGCCACUGGAUUGUUCCGGUGACGAUGUCCGAUCAAAGAGACACCAUCUGCUCAGGAGGCGCUCCACAAUCCACAUUAUGCUUGAAUUGCCUAAAGCAGUCUCAGCCUACUCCACCAGGACUUUGUAAUGUUUCAAGCACUCCACUUGCUGCAAGUCAAAAUACUCCUCUGUUCUUCGGUCCACUGCAGCCAGAAAUGACUCCUAAAGUUGGAGCAACACUUCCAACAACCAACGCUUCUCACCCAUCAACAGAAGGUGCUAGUUGCUCAGAAAUUGGACAAGGAAUUUGUCAGCCAAGUAUCAAUGACCAACAUAGCAAUACCUUAACAUAUUUUCAAGUCUUACUUUCCGAGAAUCAUGGAAGUGAAUCCAUCACCAAAUUAUGCCUCCUGCUGAAACACAACCUUCAGUCCAAAUCUCGGUUGAGCACCCCAAUUUGGCAACAUCUAUCCAGUAUGUGGAAUUUCUAGUUUACCUGUAAGUUUCACAUUUCUGAACAACUAAUUAUAAUUAA